UUAUCGGUGAAGUAGAUAAGAAAAUAUAUAAAAUUGAGAGCAUCUUCCGUGAGUGAUAUUGUGUGAAGAAAAUGUUUAUUCGGAGCGUAUUAAUUUUUGCCCUUGUGGCAUUCGCGAGUGCACGUAAUGUUCAUUCUUCUCUCUACAAGGGAACCGAGGCACUUUGGAUUACGUGCGAUAAUCAGGAAAAGUUAGAUUUUGUGCUUCAGUAUAAAGGAGUUCCAGGUUUCGAUUUUAUGAAAGUUACUCGCCUUCCCGAGGACAAUGUUCAUGUUUUAGUUUCAGCUCAACAAGCGCUUUUCUUUAAAAGGGCACUUGAUGACGAAAAUAUUUCCUAUCAUGUUGUAAUAGACGAUUUUCAAAGAUUGAUCGAUGAGGAAUCUCAAUCACAAAGAACUGCGAGAAUGAAAUUCUUUGAUGGAUUUUCAAAAUCUUUUGAUUUUACUUUCUUCCCUCGUCAUGAAGAGAUAAACAACUACUUGACGGAUGUUUCGAACAAUAAUGAACACAUUUCGCUGAUAAAUAUUGGUAAGAGUAAUCAAAAACGUGAAAUGUUAGGUGUUAAAAUUUCAAGUGGUGGUGAUAAGAAGAAACCCGCCAUUUUCAUCGAUGCUGGAAUCCAUGCCAGAGAAUGGAUCGCCCCCACCACUGCUCUUUAUGUUAUUUCUCAACUUGCAAAUGCUACCAAUAAACAUCUUUAUGAGAAUGUUGAUUGGUACAUUCUUCCUCAAAUAAAUCCCGAUGGUUAUGAAUAUUCACAUACUGAUCAUCGUUUGUGGCGUAAAACAAGAUCUACAAGUGCCUCUAAAGGAUGUCCGGGUGUUGAUGGAAACAGAAAUUUCGGUUAUAAAUGGAUGGAAGUUGGAGCUUCCAGUAAUCCAUGCUCUGAUACGUUUGCCGGAAAGACACCAUUUUCCGAAAUUGAAACUCAGAAUGUACGUGAUUUUGUCUUAUCAAAGAAGGGAGACAUUAAAAUUUAUUUGACAUUCCAUUGUUAUGGACAGUACAUGUUGCAUCCAUGGGGAUAUACUUCAAGUUUACCAGAAAAUGAACCAACACUUAAAUUAGUGGCGCAAAAAGCUGAAAAAGCUUUGUCGGCCAUUCGUGGCACUCAUUACAAAAUUGGAAGUUCCACUAAUGUUUUAUAUCCAGCAGCUGGAGGAAGUGAUGACUGGGUCAUGGCUGUUGGAGGAGCUGAUUUAUCUUAUACCGUUGAAUUGCCAGGCAAAUCUUUCGUUACCCCACGAUCUCAAAUUCUACCAGUUGGCGUUGAAACGUUUGAAGCUAUCAAAGUUUUUGGCGAAUAUGCAGCAAAAACUUACGUUUAGAAAGUGAUCUCUUUUCUCUUAGAAUUUAAGGAUUAGACAUUUUUAUAAGCCUUGUAAAUUUAUUAGAUAUUUUCUAAAAAAAAUUUGUAAAUAAAGGAUUUGUUUUAUUAAAAA